AUUGUAGUGACUCAUCUCGGGCAGAGCGCAGGGGCUCCGAGCGAAGCGACGAGCAAGUGAGCGGCGCUCGGCGGGCCGGGGAGCGAGGGAGAGAGGCGCGGCCGGGCGAGGCGGCCCGUCCGGGAGCAGGCGCCGGGGAAGGGGUGCAGUCGGGCGCCGCAGCGGCGGCACGGGCAGCGGGACCGCGUCCCUCGCAGCGCCGGCUCGGCUGGAACCCCGCGGCCCGGGCGCAGGCUACCUUCUCCCCGCAAGUGUCCGAGCCGCUCCGAAACUCCGGCGGCGAGUCGGCCACAGGAAGUUUAUUCUCAGCUCCUUUUCUAAAAGGAGGAAAUAGAAGUUUCUCCCGGCGGGCAGCCUUUCUUUUCGCCUUUUUUUUCUUUUUGCCCUGUCUGAAAUCGGGGGGCCCCCGGACCUGGCAGGCGCGAUCCGCCGGGCUCUUGUUCUUUUUUUAAUUUCCAGUUUUUGAUCGGGCGGUCUGUCCCGGCUGGGCUCCGGCUGCGCGCGGGAGCGGGAGGGCGCGCGCAGGGGAGGGACCGAGGGACGCGCGGACUUUUAGAGGGAGGGACCGGGUGGCGGUCCCGCGGCGCUCGGAGAGCAGGAAAGAAGUGCAGCGCGAGGCGCUCGGGAGGCACGGUUCCCGGGCUGUCGCCGCCUCCCGUCCGCACCCGCCACCGUCGGGGAGAAGCCCGGGAGCGAAGACUAGAGCCCGAGGCGCGGCCGGCAGGGAGCGAGCGCGCAGCAGCCGGUGCGCGGCCGCGGCGAGGGCGGGGGAAGAAAAACACCCUGUUUCCUCUCGGGCCCCCACCGCGGAUCAUGUACCAGGAUUAUCCCGGGAACUUUGACACCUCGUCCCGGGGCAGCAGCGGCUCUCCUGCGCACGCCGAGUCCUACACCAGCGGCGGCGGCCAGCAGCUGUCCCCUGAAGAAGAGGAGAAACGUCGAAUCCGGAGGGAGAGGAACAAGCUGGCCGCAGCCAAGUGCCGAAACCGCCGCCGGGAGCUGACAGAGAAGCUGCAGGCGGAGACAGAGGAGCUGGAGGAGGAGAAGUCAGGCCUGCAGAAAGAGAUCGCCGAGCUGCAGAAGGAGAAGGAAAAGCUGGAGUUCAUGCUGGUGGCCCACGGGCCUGUGUGCAAGAUCAGCCCCGAGGAGCGCCGAUCGCCUCCCGCCUCUGGGCUGCAGUCCCUGCGUGGUGGGGGCGGUGGAGCGGGCGCCGUGGUGGUGAAACAGGAGCCCCUGGAAGAGGACAGCCCCUCCUCCUCAUCGGCCGGGCUAGACAAGGCCCAGCGCUCUGUCAUCAAGCCCAUCAGCAUUGCUGGGGGCUUCUACGGGGAGGAGCCCCUGCACACCCCCAUCGUGGUGACCUCCACGCCGGCCAUCACUCCGGGCACGUCGAACCUCGUCUUCACCUACCCCAGCGUCCUGGAGCAGGAACCGCCUGCGUCACCCUCCGAGUCCUGCUCCAAGGCUCACCGCCGGAGCAGUAGCAGUGGGGACCAGUCAUCAGACUCCUUGAACUCCCCCACUCUGCUGGCUCUGUAACCCGGCUCCCGGGGGGUCCUCGUCACUGCCUCCUUCCCAGGGACCAGCACCUUCGAGUGCUCCAGGGCCGUGAGGGCAAGAGGGGGGCCCUGCCACAGAGCUGCCCGGCUCUGGGGACACCCAGGUGGGAUUUGGCCGUGAGGCGCUGAGGACUUCAGCCAUCUCUUAGAAGUCAUGGGACCUCCUCCGUCGUUCAUCUUGCAAAGCAAAUCCUGUUUCUUGAAAAGCCUUGGAGAACUUGGUUUGGUGGACUCAGGCAUCUCUCUGGCUUCUGAAGAGCCUGCGGCUGGUGUGGACCGUUCCUGUCCCUUGUUAUGCUACGUCUCUGGAGUGAUGGUGUCCUUCCCCGCCCCACCCAGCAUGCUCAGUGCCUUUUGGUUUCACCUUCCCUCUAUUCGCCCCUUCCUCCCCCCAGUGUCAAUUUCACUUCCUCUUGGUUUUUAUCAAAUUUGCCAUGACAUUUCAUCUGGGUGGUCUGAAUAUUAAAGCUCUUCAUUUCUGGAGAUGGGCAGCAGGUGACUGACUCUUCUGCUGGGGCUGACUUGUCCGGAAGGGGACAGUCAAUGUGCAAUACAGAACCUUCUCUCCCUUGACACUCCCCGGUCCACCGCCAUCUCCAGGACCACCAGCAGGGCUCCCUGAGCUCUCAAGGAGAUGUUGCCAUCACUGGGAGGCCCGGAGGACCCUUCCUCUCCAUCCUCGGAGACAACUUUUUGGAGGAGCGGCUUGUCCAGAAGACAGGGUGUGAGUGAGACAGCCGGGGCACAGGUUGGGUUUGCCAAAUGCCUAAUUACCAGGCCAGGAAUAGUGCCAACAAGCCACACAGGUGUCCUAGCCAGCUUCCCUUUACCUGGUGUCUUGAGCAGGACGUCUCCUAUAAUUACUGCCUCGCCAUCCUGCCCCUGGACCCUUCUCUCUAGACCAGGGAGGCGUCCCUCCCUAGGAACCACACAUCACUCCAAGUCCCUACUGGCUCUGCCCUCCCCCAGCCUGGCUCUCAGGGUGACGCCACCCACGGAGAUUUAAUGAGCGUGGGCCUGGCCCCUCCCCAGAUUGCUGCCAGGUGGCCCCUCCCCAAGCCUCAAAAGGCACUUUUGUUGUGGAUGGAAAGGUAGGGGAGGAAAGAGGGAGGCAGAGUGGGAUUCGCCUCUCAGUGAGCUGCCGGGCCCUUUCUACCUGCUGUGGUCACCGGCUACCUGAUGGAGCGCUUUCUCUUUUACAUACUCCUUCCCCCAGAGUGCUCCUCGGUCCAGCCAGCCAGCUGUGGACCAGUGGCCUGGAGCUGUUGUUAAUAAGGCUUGGGGCUUACCUGUCAUUCCUGGGGGGCUGCUGAAAUCAGACAUAAGAUGUGUUGCUUCCCACUGCAGGAGAGGUGCCCCCUUCCCCUGUGGGGCGGGGAGCAGGGAGGGGGUCCUCUGGCCUCCUGCAAAAGCACAGCUGAGCGGCCUCCCUGCCUCCCACCCCUCUGAGCCUUUUUCUCCUGAGGGCAUAGCUCUGGCUGAUCUUCUUGGAUUGGCCUCUGCUGGGCUAGCUGCUCUGGGGGAGACCCUGCUAUUGUGAUUCAGCUCUAGAGAUCAUUGUAUGAUAAUUUAAAAUUAGAUAGAUAUUAUUUAAAUCAAACCCAGUGGGGGUUAAAUUUCAAAGUUAGACUCGGGAGAAAGAGAGAGAGAGAGAGAGCAAGCGCAGGAGCUGUAAGGCGUUCACUCACUUGCCCCCCUCACACACCCCGGCCUCGAGCGCUGGUCCUUAUUUGCUGCCCAUACCCCCCUCCGAGCUCUAGAAGGGAGCGCGCAGAAUGGGGCAGCCAGAGGCUUAAAGUACACAGCCCGCUCUGACUGGAAGUGACGUGUGAAAGGCUAGGCCAUGCAGAGAGAGGAGAUUAAAAGAAAAAGGAUUUUGUCCAAAAAUAUUUUUAAAAUGUUAUUUCCCAUAUUCCCUGGCUAUGAGGCUGCCCUCCCGGUUUCCCAGAGGUUCUGGGAGGGGCACUCCUUAUUAGACUAGGCAAUUGAGUUUCUGGCUUCAGAUUAAUCAAAGAAACAGAAGUCAGCCAGGAACAGCAGGAGGUGGGCAAAGAAAACCGGGGUGCGCUCAGUUCUGAAAGGCUUAAUCAUCUCAAGUGGUAUUUGUGGCCAGUUGGGAGCUCUUUGCUUCUUUUUGCAUGUGUGUGUGUGUGUGUGUGUGUGUGUGUAUAUAUAUAUAUAUAUAUAUAUAUAUAUAUAUAUAUGCUAUAUAUAUAUAUAUAUUUCUUAAAUGAAGCUGCUUUGGUGUUUUAUUUCUAAACGUCCCUUUGUGCCCCACUUUGCACAGCACUGAUCCCAAGGCAGGCCACAGUCUGUGACUCGGGGCCAGGCUGGACAUUCCUGAGACAGAGUUUGGCUUUAGUUCAGAUUUCAGGCUGUGUUGGCUUUGGGACCAGCAGAAGGCAGAAACUCCACCACCCCGGAGGACUUUAGAGGCCUCUCAGCUGUCCCAUUCAGGACCCUCUGGCUUUGUUCCAGGAGGUGGUUUGGCUUUCCCAAAGCCAGAGGUUAUUUGGGGAAGGCCGAAUAUUCACCCCGAACUCAUGAGCACGUCCUCCUUGACUUCUUCUGGCUUGUUCUCUUGAGUUCCUGCACACACACCAUUGUUCCAGAAUUACCAGCCACCAGGCCUUCUGCUUUCUCCUCUAUGGCUCCAGCUACAGGAAGAGCUGCAGUGGGGGUGCCUUCGUGCUUGGGUUGGGAACCGCUGGGCCUCCCCUGUGUCCCCAGCCAUGAGGCAGCUGGUGUGGACUCCAGCUGGGCUGCAGGCAGCUCUGGGACGGCACAGGGCAGGCACUCCUUGACAGGCUAGUGUGAACCACACCCUGUCCUCUCGGCCACCUGGCUGGCCUCUCUGGGAUCAGUCCUCUUCCUGGCUGAAUGGACGGGGACAGCUUUUGACACAGGAAAGAGAGGAGAUCCCAGGUGAAGCUCGGGCAAUGGCCGGAGCCAGCUGUAAGCGGAAAAUUCACGGGGGAAGUUUUCAGAAAGAAAUCAUUGUUCUGCCUGUGAGAAAGGCCAGGUGUUCCACUGUGGCCAGUCACACAAGCAUCUCAGCCAAGAGCCCUCAGAGGUUACUGCUUCCUUUUCUCAGGCUUUGGGGAAGAGAGUCUCCUCCGCUCCCACUUGGCUCUAAGUCUAAGGGAGGACUCAGUGCUACUUUUCUCCCCUUCCCUUGAUGGACCAACAGCGCUCCUGCAAUCUCACCAUUUACCUUUCCGGUUGGUCUCCUUCCUGAUCAGAUAUCACACGGCCCCUUUAAGAAGGAAAGGCAGAAGCCCCUACUGUGUGCCAGGCACUGUGUUAGGCACUUUUAUAAAUAUACCCUCUUUAGGAUGAGACUAAGGGAUGAGGGUAUCCCCUCUUCAAGGCCCCCACGUAAUGGAUAAACAAAAGCACUUGGAGGUGAGAAGGUCUUCCUUCAAAGAUCUGAGGCAAGAUUGCCUCCAGUCCGAGGUUUGUUCUCAAAGACCCAUCCCCCACAGUAUCCUCCCACCUCUAAACUUCUUUUCCCUCUCCCUCGUGAUGUGCUCCUUUGCACUCCUCAGAUGGUUGGAGGGGUAACCUGAGUCCUUAUAGAAUUUGUGGACCAAUAGGAUAUGUGAUGUGUGUAACUUUCUUUUUAAAACUUAAGUAAAGGGGUCUUGCUACUUUCUGCUUGUUGAGUCUUCUUGGCAUUCAUCUUAAAAGCCAGCAUCUCACUAUUUAUUGACAGGUUGGGUGUGUGUGUAUGUGCGUGUGUGUGUGUGUGUGCGCGCGCUGUGUGUGUACAUUUCCAAGUGUGCCUCCUGCAACUUUUAAAAAGGAAACUCAGUCGUCCCACUACUAAUUUGACAUCUUCUCAUGCUUCUAGUGUUUUGGCCAUACGUCAACAGAGGGCUUUCAUUUUCCAAUGCUGAUGUGUUCAGGAAAGGCUGGGUCAAAUUUUGAGCAGGGGAUGGGAAGGGGAGGGGGAGAAGAAAUCGACAUGUAUUUUAUUAUUUAUUUAAAAUGUUUACAUCUUUGUGUUGUACCAAGCCUGAAGAGAAACAGCAUUAAAAUACUCAGUUCCUCUCUCCCUCUCUUUCUUCAUUUUUUUUUUUUUUAAUUUAGGCUAAUGAUGCUUUUUUGUUUCUGAAAUGAUUUGUGACAUGUGUUGUAUAGACUGUAUAAAAAAGGUUCUGUUCUUAAAGAUGGAUGGUCAUUCCUCUGGGGACAGUGGUCACCGAGAAAGUCUACAUUGUAAGAAAAUACAAUGGAAGAUCCUGCCCUGUUCCUCAAAAAUUAUUUUCUCUGUAUGAUUAAAAGUUUAUUCCAUUUA